AUGAUUGGUGGAGGAGGAGGAGGAGGAGGAGGAGGAGGAGGAGGAGGAGGAGGAGGAGGAGGAAGAAUAAUUGUUUUGAGUAAAUUUGGAAAAAGUGAAAAUACAAUUAUAGAUGAUUUUAUUCUUAAAAAUAAAUUAAAAUGGAUUCCUUAUAACAAACUUAAAAAUGUUGAAUAUCUUAGUGAAGGAGGAUUUGGUGCUAUAUAUAAAGCUACUUGGUUAAAGAAUAAUAGAGAUGAAGAAGUAAUUCUUAAAUGCCAUAAAAAUUUAAAUGAAAAUUUAAAUGAAUUUUUAAAAGAAUGGGGAUAUCAUAGUAGUUGUUUAAGUUCAAAUAAUAUUAUAAAUUUUUAUGGAUUUACAGAAGUUCCAAAUUCAUCAAAAUAUAUGGUAGUAAUGCAAUAUGCAAAUAAAGGUAAUUUAAGAGAAAAUUUAACAAGAGUAGUUGAAAAUAAUUGGAAUCAAAAAUUAUAUAUGUUGUACGAAAUUAUUUCUGGACUUAAUAAGAUACAUGGAGAAAAUCUUAUUCAUUGUGAUUUUCAUGAUGGUAAUAUUUUAAAUCAUAAUGAUGAGAAUAAGGAUAAAAUUUAUAUUAGUGAUUUAGGAUUAUGUCAACCUGUAAAAUCAUUUUUGAAAAAGUAUGAUAUUUAUGGUGUAAUGCCAUUUAUGGCUCCUGAAGUUUUAAGAGGCAAAUCUUAUACUCCAGCUAGUGAUAUAUAUAGUUUUUCUAUGGUUAUGUGGGAACUUUCAUCCGGGAUACCACCAUUUAAUAAUAGAGCACAUGAUAUUCAACUUAGUUUGAGUAUUUGUAAAGGUGAACGUCCUGAAAUUGUUGAAAACACUCCACAAUGUUAUGUAGAUUUAAUGAAAAAAUGUUGGAAUGAAGAUUCAUCAAAAAGACCAUCUACAUCAGAAGUGAAUGAUAUUUUUGUAAAAUGGAUUUUCCGUCCUUAUAAUAAUAAAGUCAGUGAAGAAUUAAAAAGCAACAUUAUGGAAUUUAUAAAUGCACCAAUUGGGCAGCAUAACAAUCUUGUUACUGAAUCACAUCCACAAGCAUGUUAUACAAGUCGCUUACUUGAUUUUACUAGUAAAAAAUUGAAUGAAAUGAUAGCAAGUGAAGAUUUGAGUGAAUAUAUGGUUAAUUUAAAGUCAUUAGAUGAGAAUACUAGUAAAAAGUUAAAUGAAAUUCUUGAAAGUGAAGAUUCACAAGCUAGUGUAAAAGUAAAUGAAAUGCUAUUAAUUUUGAGACAAAUUCCGGAUGUAUUCAGACAUUUAAUGUGUCCGGAAAAUGUUCCAAAACGCGCACGUUUUGGAACAUUUCCCAGACGUUUGGAACACAUCCGGAAUUUAGUUAGUCCGGAAACUGUCCAGAAUUAA